AUGGCUGCUCCCGGGUGUCUGCUCGCUCGGAGCCCCCGGCAGGGCCGUGAUUUGGGGCCCAGGCCACGUGCCCCUCCUCGGAGGUUCCCUUCACUCCCCGGGGGCGGGCUCUCAUCCCACCCAGGCCACGGUGACGCUGAGGAGGUGCCCUGGCCUCCGGCGGGACACGGGGCCACUGGGGCCUCCCCGUGGCCCGGUGCUACGUCCCUUCCCCACACUGACCUGGGCCGCUCGCUGCCCACCCCGGCACCGGGCAGGGGGCGCCUGCCUUCGACACGCCAGCGCCGCUGCGUGUCCCGCAGACGAGCUGACGCACGCCCCUGCCCCGCAGCCUGCAACGUGUGGUACCUGGGCUCCGUGGACACGGAGUCCCUCACCGGCCACCAGGCCGUCCAGAAGGCCCUGAGCCUCGCGCUGGCGCAGCAGCCGCCGCCCCUGUCCACGGUCGUGCACUUCAAGGUGUCGUCGCAGGGCAUCACCCUGACGGACAACCAGAGGAAGCUCUUCUUCCGGAAGCACUACCCCGUGAGCACCGUCAUCUUCUGCGCGCUGGACCCGCAGGGCAGGAAGUGGGUUGCGGACGGCGUGGGCUCCAGAGCCUUCGGGUUCGUGGCCCGGAAGCAGGGCAGCACCUCGGACAACGAGUGCCACCUGUUCGCAGAGCACGACCCCGAGCAGCCUGCCAGUGCCAUCGUCAACUUCGUGUCCAAGGUCAUGAUCGGCUCCCCCAAGAAGAUGUGAGCCCCUCCCGGCUGCAGAUGCCCGAGGGCUGGGGUGGCCGCCGAGCCCCUGCGGUGACCCUGACCUUCUGGCUCCUUCAGCUCACCAAGCACCACACUGCCCCGCCCCCAGCCCUUCCUGAGACAGACGGUGCCCGUGUCCGUCUGCAGCCCGGCCCUCUCUGGGCAGGAGUGGGCACGAGGUCACCCACCCAGCUCCACGCCCAGGACCGCCUGAGGAAACUCGGGGUCCUGUGCGCCUCCCAUGCGAGUCUGGGGGGUACCUGGCCCACCAGGCCGUGGCUCGAGGGACCACGGAGCA